AUGCCAUCUGCGUCGUCCCCUCCCUCGUCGCACCCCGACAUCCCACCGUUUCCCGCGCCAUCAACCUUCUCCAUCCUUCCCGACAUCUACCUCCUCAUCGCACGGCUGAAUAUCCUACAACAUCCUCCUAACCCUACUUCUACUUCCAUUUCAGAUCCAGCGUCAACGCAACAGGUGUCGUCCACGUCACAAGCCCAGACUCAGACUCAGACUCAGACACAACCCCAAGUCGAAUCACAGACGCAAUCACUGUCACAACCACAUCAGCCAACAUCUGACGCGACUUCUACUCUCCAACAAUCCCAAUCCCUAUCACAGACACAGUCGGCAUCACUGUCCUUCUCUGUGCCAUCCUCGCAAAUCCCUCUCCUCCAGACAGGCCCACCGGUAGACCUUAAAGAGUUACCCGCGCAAGUCUACCCGAUCAAGCAGAAACUCGUCAAAGCCCGGGCCGCAGUUACAGCAUUACCAGAUAUCGAGAGGUCAGUGGACGAGCAGGAGCAAGAGAUCCGCGAGUUGGAAAGGACGGUAGGGCUGUUGAAGAAGCGAUUGGGCCUGUUGGCUUCUGUUGCGACUGGUAUGGCGACGGCGCCGGGGUCGAGUGGAAAUGACGUGAAUAAUAUUGGUUCGAGUAUGAAGAGAGAUGGAGACAUCAUGGAGGAUAUCCAGGACGCACCGGAUGGGGGCGAUGCUGUGUCGAACGUGAAGCAAGAAGGCGAAACUGAUAGUAUCAUGCAGGGUGUCGAAGGCUGA